AUGUUCAAUCCACUAUACGACUGGCUUGACUCACCCAAUCUGGCCGAUACACCAAUAGCACAAAGCAGCAUGUCGGAGCAUGCCGUUGUUGACGAGCCGUCAUCUAGUCUGACGGACGACAUUCUGGACGUGUCGGAACAGGUUGAGAUGGAGGUAAGCGUGUUUCAUUCGUGUUUACGGCAGUCCAAAUUGUUGACCUUUGUUUUUAAAGGACCAAUCAGUGGGCCUGACGCCCACUCAAGGUUAAAUUUUCUAGCCGUGGACCACGGUGAUCAUCACCAUAUCAUUUUUCGUUCGGAUGAGCGGAAUAAGGUGCGCUCUGUCUCUAAUCUCCUGCUAGCCUUUCGUGCCGACCCGGACGUGGUCAUUAGUGUUCAGACGUCUGUUCAACCUGUGGUAAAUUGGAACCGCUUUGCGGCCUAUCUCGUUCGUAACGCCUUUGUAAAUGUUCAAUGCUUCGGGAGAAAAGUAGCCCAACUGGCCUGGGAGCUCCAGAACGUAACCCGAGAAGAAAACGGUUGUGCUAAUAUUAGUCGUGUUCUUCGCUCCUCAUCUCAAAAGUUUGAGAGUGUGAAACGAAAGAAUCGAAUCGAUUAUUUACCGGAUCUCGUGGAAGAACAUGACGCGAGGUCGUUGUUGGAGUUGAAAAACUCGUUGACGUUUGCUGAUCGAAAGAGUCUGUAUUCAGAAAUUGGAAACCAAUGGAAAGAAGCGGCAGAGUUGUGCAUCGAGGCGUAUUGUGAAUCUUUACGACAGAAACAACAAACAACCCGAUUUGAGACGUAUAUACCGGAGAAUAAUCACACCAGGAUAUGCACAUAUCCCGAGGAUACGACGGCAGGAAUGCUGUGGCUGGACACUUUGCUCACUGUGAACAACAUUGAGAAACACGACUUUUUGACAAACUUGUCAAGCAUUAUGAACAAGGGAGAAACUCGGAGGAACGCCUUCGUAUUACAGGGACCCAAAACCACGGGUAAGUCACCUUGA